AUGGCCGACGUCGACACUUCCAAGCUCACCUCGUCCGCCCAGAUCUUCUCGCCAAAUAAUACCCUCCCUCAGAUCCGCGCUAUACACAAGAGCCUCCAUGUCGCAAUCGACGAGAAAUCGACCCGCCUGCGCACACAGGUCGGAAGCUCCUACCGUGAUCUUCUCGGCACGGCGGAUACCAUUGUGCACAUGCGCGAUGAUAACGAUGUCGUCCAGGAGCUUCUAGGCAAGAUGGGCGGCCGAUGUGGAAGAGCUGUGAUCGGGGCCAAAGCUACAGGUCUCUCCAAUUUUGUCGCAAAGGAGAAUAGGUCUGCAGCAUCUAUCGCCGCGCGGCUGAGACUUCUCGACGCCUGUGUGCUAGUUGUAGGACGAAUACUGAAGGGUGGCGGUGGAUUGGGUGAUAGCGUCAAGAAGGGAGACAGGCUGGUACUCUCUACCAAGGUUCUUGUUCUAAGUCGACUUUUGAUAAAGAGCCUGCUAGACGAUGCCACCGACCCAAGCAGUCGUCGAGCAACCGAAACUGCCCGAACAUCCGUCAACAAACUACGACGAAGACUGCUCAGGAACGUGGAGAAGGUUUUUGAGAGGGCAGGCGAUGAGACGGAAAGAGAUGAUGUUCAGAAAGCUUUAUGUGCUUACAGCUUGGCUACUAGCUCUGGGGCAAGAGACGUCUUACGGCAUUUCCUGCAUGUGAGAGGAGAGGCCAUGAGUUUUGCUUUUGAGGUGGAAGAAAACAAUCGCAAAACCAACGCGGAGGAUGUCGUCAAGAGCCUCAGGCUAUACUCAAGAACUCUUCUUGAUGUACAGGCUUUAGUACCAGGUCGUUUAUCAUUGGCUUUAUCUGGAUUGAAGAGCCAUCCCCUGCUCGCUGACCCAAGUCUCAAGCAGCUUGAAGGACUACGACUGGACGUUUACGAGCGUUGGUGCGAUGAAGAGAUCCAGUAUUUCACGCCAUUUGUUAGACAUGACGAUCUUGAUGGAAGCCAAGCUCGUCAGAUGCUGUCGGCAUGGUCUGAGAAAGGAUCCGAGGUUCUACUGGUCGGACUUAGGAAGGCUCUGGGUACAAUGUCGGAGUUCAAGUUGAUCAUGGAACUGCGAACAAGCGUUUUGGAGCUUUGGAUCCGAGAUGGUGGAAAGGCCAAGGGCAUUGACCCAUCAGAAAUGCAAGAUUCCCUCCGCGAAGCCAUCAACUCACGCAUGUUGGAGGUUCUGGACACGAAGGUCAGCAAGCUUCGCCUAGUCGGUUCCGAGGUAUCUGCAGCUCUCGGACGAUGGAAGGAUGGCAUUACUGAUGAGCAUGUGAGCAUCUGGGACGAAGACGGAUACGAUGAAGCUCUUACUAGUGGCGCUGCGCCAUUCGUGCAAGAAGUUGUGUCCCGUCUCUACGGCCGCAACGAUACUGUUUCCAAGGCAGCGCAUUGUUACAAGUCAUGGUAUCAUGUGAUUGAUGAUGUCAAAGAGGUGGUCGAGCAACUCAGACGACAACGCUGGGACAACGAUUACGACGAGAUUGAAGAUGAAGACACAAUUGAGGCUAGGCAGAAGCUUCUGAGCAAAGAUGAUCCGCAGAUGCUACAGGAGAGGCUUGAUACCACACUCGACAAGUCUUUCAAGGAACUGGAAGAUCAUAUUCAAGGUUUGUGGAACGAACGGGCUGGGUCGUCACGGAAUGGCAAGGUGGCGAUGUACUUCCUCCGCGUCAUGCGAGACAUCCGGCAGCAGCUAUCAGAGCGCUCAUCUAUAAAGACGUUUGGCCUCAAUAUCGUCCCUUCACUCCAUCAGAAUGUAGCAAUCGCUGUUUCUGAGCCUGCGCUAGAUGAAUUUACUACUCAGGGAAUCACGGUUGUGGUGGGUAGACCACUUUGGGAUGGGGAGCCAGCACUACCAAACCAACCCUCACCCGAGAUUUUCCAGUUCUUGCGAUCACUCUCAAUGUCAAUGUCGGAUCAGGGACUCGAUCUGUGGACGAAAUCGGCCGUUUUUGUAAUGAAGAAGCAUUUGACUCAACAGCUCUGCGAAUUGUGGGACAAAUCAAUAGCAGAAAUUUCGGCUGAGGAAACAAAUACCUCCAAGAAGAAAGAUGCCGACGAUAGCAAGCCGAAGAAGGCAGAUACAGGCGCAGAGAAGAAGGAUGAUGACGACACAGAAGAUGAGGGAAAUGAGGAUAUCAAAAAGAAGGACACCAAUACCGAGACGUCGACGGAGACCGAAGAACAAGGCAACGAGACGAAUUCCGCAUUGACCUCUGAGCAAAAGGCAGAUCUUUUUACGCAGUGGCUUUUCGAUGUCUCUCUUUUGCGACAUUGCAUCGGCAACACGGAGGAGGCAUCGAGCAGUCUAUUCCAAAAACUCGAGGAUAAGUUUUACCAGCACUCUAAGUUGGUUGAUGUAGCAGCAAGGCAAAGAAUCUCCAAGUCGGCCAACGAGUUCUGGCAGCGAACAAGCUUAUUGUUUGGCUUGUUGGCAUAG